UCGCCUCUAAUUCUAUCAUGAACAUUAUAGAGGAGCCGCUACCAGGAUUAAUACGACUCACGGACAAAACAAUAAAGGAGUGUAAGGCGAUCAUCGGAGAAGCCCGAGUAAAGACAGUAAACCCGGUUCUACCUAGGAUUAAAGGACUACCAAAAAUCCAUAAACCCGGCAAGGAGAUGCGAGAGAUAGUUUCUUCAGUGGGUCCCCCUACCCAAAACAUAGCCAAAUGGUUGGUAAAGGAGUUCCAAAGUAUGCCGAAACCAUUCCCCAGCAGGUCAGUCAUCAACACCCAGGAGUUCGCCCAGAAGCUGUUGGAAUCAGGACACAUCGAAGAAGAGGACAUAAUGGUAUCAUUCGACGUAGCGGCAUUGUUCCCUAGCGUUCCAGUGAAAGAUGCUCUGAAUCUUCUAGAGGAUUGGCUGCUAACACAAAGGACGGAAACAACAUGGCGAGGAAAGGUGAAGAUGUACCUAAAUCUGGCAAGGCUAUGCAUGACGGAGAACUACUUCACAUUUCGUGGCAACUACUACAAACAGACGAAAGGAGCACCGAUGGGAAAUCCGCUAUCACCGUUUUUGUGCGAACUGUUCAUGGCGAAUCUGGAGAACAACCUACAAGAACAAGGAAUACUACCCCAGAAGUGGUGGAGAUACGUCGACGACAUUUUCAGCAUCAUCAACCGAAAGGAUCUACCCAGGAUUUUGGAAGCGAUAAACAACGUGCAUAAGGACAUCAAAUUUACCUUCGAAGAGGAAAAAGAAGGUAAACUACCUUUCUUGGAUCUACUAGUCAUCAGGGAAGCAAAUACAACAUUGAGCCUCGAAAUCUACAGGAAGCCCACGAACACCAUGAGAGUCAUCCCAUACACAUCAAACCAUUUGUAUCAACAUAAAACGGCAGCAUUUCAUAACAUGAUCCACAGGAUGCAGAUUAUACCCCUAAACGAAAAAGGAAAAACGAAGGAACUGCAAUACAUCUUGGAAACAGCGAAGAUCAACGGAUACCAGGAGAGGACUGUCGUGACCUAGACGAGGUUACUAGGCUCGUCCGUU